CAGCUGGAAGGGCCGGGACGGCAGCGAAAGGACGGAAAGCCCAGGAGAAGCCUCGAAGCCGCCAGCGCAGAGCCGCGGUCAUGGGCAGCCACCCCGCCGUGCUGCUGGCGCUCGCCCUGUGCGCCCUCCUGGAAGCCGGUCUGGGCCACCCCCCGGCCGAGCCGCACCUGGCCGCGCCGCCGAGGAGCAAGCGAUGUUCGUGCAACAGCUGGCUGGAUAAGGAAUGCAUCUACUUCUGUCACCUGGACAUCAUCUGGGUCAACACACCAGGGCACACCGCUCCCUACGGCYUGGGCAGCCCGCCAAGGCGGCGCAAGAGGUCCGCGGGCAGGUGCGAGUGCUCCCACUCCAGGGACAGCGUCUGUGCCACCUUCUGCCAGGGGAAGCCCGGGUACCUGCAGAGCCUGAAGCUCCCGGUGAGCUCCGGAGCAUCAGCGAGGAUCCUGCAGAGCGGCACCGCGAGUCCUCCCCGUCACGGGCUGCUGAGAGCUCUCAGGGACCUCAGGCUCUCCGGCCCGCACUCCGGCCAGCACCAGCAGCACUCCCAGAGGGACACACGGCCGCCAGUGCUGCCUUGGGAAAAAACAGUCUGGAAGAAGAAGAGAUAAGAGACGGGUGCACAGCGAGUUCACCAGAAGAAUUUGGCAUCCUGUGGGUGCCACCAGCUCCGCUGCCGGUUGUUAGAGCUGAAGGAAAGCCCGUGAGUGGAAGGGAUGGAAGUGGAAGUCUCCGUGUUCCUGCUGCCUGAACCAGCACUCCAGGGACUGUUGUCAAGGGAAAACUGUCUCCGUGCAGUCAGAGAAGCGUCCUGGAGCCCAACUGUGCCUUUUUGGAUCAGGCAGGGGUGGUGCUGGAGCAGCAGCAGCUGCUGGACUCUGCCCUGGAGCCCUGGGCAGGGCUUGGUGGGUGAAUCAGUGAAUCACAGCCAGGGGCUCUGGGCACUGCUGGACAGGGCAGAACCAAGCCCCUGAGCCCAGCCUGAGCUGCUUUGCCUCGGGACUGGACUUGAGCCCCACUCGGGAGGGUUUGGCUGCUCCCUGCAGCCCCUUUGCACUAUUCCUGUUGUCAGUCAGUGCCUGUGGAUGAGGCUGCUGCGGUGAAACAGCUCCCAGUGUGUAUUUAAGGUUGAUAUCAUCAUCAUCAUCACCAYYCCCUGGAAGGCAGCUGAGCAUUGAGCAGCUGAGAAAUGCCCUGGGGUGAAUUUUCCCCUGGUCCUGCAGGGGCUGUGGUUGAUGUGGAUGGUCAGUUAUC